CCUACCUCUCUGAUGGUAGUUGGACAAAAGCCACACCCCACUUUGAUAUAAAGGAAAGGCCAUAGCAGUCAGUUCACCUAGAUAUCAGGCUGCUGCUAAGCCAAGAUGAAGGUCCUUGCUGUCCUUGUACUCUGUGUGACCCUGGGUUUCAGCAGUGUGGAUGGUGCGGUAACUGAUGCAGAGAUCAAGUCUAUCUCUGAGAGACUUUAUUCUCUGGACUCAAACAAGGCUUCAGCCUCAGUCUUGGUCAUUGACCCUCAGGCUCUGGUGGCCAGCUCUCAGACCAGCUCUGAGACAGAUCGCUCUUCGAAGCCCUUGUUCAGCUUCCUGAACGAGAAUGCUCUCUUUUCCAAGCCCACCUACGCUGCUCUGCUGUCUGUGCUGGACAACUACAACAGGAUGACUGGACAGGCGGAGAACUUCAGCUCUCAGCAGCUGGCUGAGCAGGACAAAUUUGUCAGGGAAACCAUGUCCAACACUCAGGUGGGACGGGAGCUGUUUGCUUUUCUCUACAACAAGGGCAUUUACAAAUCAGAAGAAGACUUCAUUCAGGACCUGAAGAUGAUGUGGUUUGGUCUGUACUCUCGUAACAACAACCAGCUGGACUCCAGCGGCUUUGAGCACAUCUUUGCAGGAGAGAUCAAGGGAGGAAAGGUCUCCGGUUUCCACAACUGGAUCCGGUUUUAUCUUCUUGAAAAAAGUGGAAAGCUAAACUACUACAGCCACAGCUUCAAUGGGCCUUGGACUACAUUCCCUGAUGUCUUGGGGAUGCAGUUCAUGUGGGACGGCUACUACAAGCAGGUUGGCUCUGCAGUCAUUGGUUGCAGCCCAGAAUUUGACUUUGCCAUUUACAGCCUCUGCUACAUCACUCGUCCUGGAAAACAGUGUCAUCUGAGUGUGGGAGGGAGCACGCUCAUUAUUCAGACUUACACCUGGGAUAAUUCCUUCUAUGGAGAUGGGAAGAAGUUCAUUGGCUCGGCCUAUCCCGCAACCCCUUAGGGAGUGAAACUUCCCCCUAAACAAUAAGCAAAUUGCGGCGCUGCCUGCAAGUGUUUCAUUACACUCAUUAUAUAAUUGUUUUGAAAUCAUUUUCCCAACAGUAGCACUUAAAUUCAAGUCCCCAAAUGAGAAGAUGUAAUGUGAUGUAAAUUUGUCUCAACAGUCCCUGCAUCCUGCAAUAAAACAAUACAGAUCAAUAAAUACAAAAAUACUUUAUCUCCUAA